UUCACAGCUGAAAAAUACUGCGCUGAUCGUCCGGGCCUAUCUACAGUUGAAUCUUGGGAGGGUGUGGACGUGAGCAUGGCUUCGCGACUGGCUGUAGCGGCCGCCCUGCUGUGCCUAUUGAGCUGCGUGAAAAGCCUAACGGUAGACAAGAGCGACGGAGGCUACAAGGACUUGCUGAUAUCGAUCCACAAGGAUGUGCCUUACAACGAGACCAUCGUGGAAAACAUCAAGAGCCUCCUCAGGUCUUCGUCCGAUUUCCUGCACCGUGCCACCAACGGCCGUGUCUAUUUCAAGCACGUGAUGAUCAACUUCCCGAACACGUGGCCCAAGAGAAGCAGCGCCCGCAGCGUGUCUUCCAGCUGGUUCGACAAGAGCGACGUACGAGUCGACCUCUCCGGUUCAACCGCGGAGGAACGGCCUUUCACGAAACAGUCGAGACUCUGCGGGGAGCGCGGGGACUACAUUAAGCUGACGCCAACGUUCGUAGCCGAGCUCAACGCGUCUACAGCGAGGACGUUCCGAAACCCAGCAUACGUGUUCGUGCAUGAGUGGGCCCAUUACCGGUACGGAGUCUUUGACGAACAUGGCUGGCUGGAUGACGAAAAGUACCCACGCACCUACUGCGAAGACGGAAAGGUCAAACUGAAUGCGUGCUCGACAAAGUUUCGCUUCAUCCCAAAAAUGGCCUCUGGGGAGAUAUGCACGAAGCUCAAUAAAACCUCGUGCAGAUUUCCUAAGGACUGCGUUAUUCACGUCUACACAUCGGUGAAGGAUCCGGUGGAAUCGUCUAUCAUGUUCAUGCCGUACGUCGCAAACGUGAGCCAAUUCUGCGACUCCGGCAAAGGAUCGCGCCAGCACAACCGUUUCGCUCCCAACAAGCAUAAUGCGAUGUGCAAGGGGAAAUCCACGUGGGAAGUGAUCAGCGAGAACGAGGACUUCAAGAACCUGCCAAGACCCGACAUCUCCAAGCGUAUCGAGGUUUCGUUCGAUGAGACGCAGCAGAGGGAGGAUCUGCCCCAACGGAUCGUCUUGGUUCUCGACGUUUCCGCCAGCAUGGACGACUUCCAACGAAUGACGGUCCUCAAGAGAGCAGCGACCCAAUACACCCAAGACAUCGAAAAUGGCUCGAAGCGGCUCGCAAUCAUCACGUUCAGCAGCAACGCGACGGUUCGCCACCCUUUGACUACCGUGAACGAUGGCACUCGGCAGGGCUUCCUGGAUAGUAUCAAUGAAUUGGAGCCGGACACGUCCACGUGCAUUGGUUGCGGCCUCCUACGAGCCCUGGAGAUAUUGACCACGGAAGACGAGACGCCGGAGGGCAGCAUCAUCGUGCUGAUAAGCGAUGGCAUCGAAAACAGGGACCCUCGGCUCAAGGACGUCUUACUACAGUUGACGGCAGCCAAGGUGGAAGUCAGUACGAUGGCAUUGGGAACUGAGGCUGAUGAUCAGCUUGAAAUGUUGGCAACUGUCACGCGCGGCAAGGCGUUCUCAUUCCAGGACGUCCAGGGAAAUAGGGCUCUCCGCAUGCAGGCUGCCUUUGUAGAAGCUACCACCACACAUUCCGGCACAGACAAUGACUACGUCACGCUCACAGACACCGCAAGGAACUUUACGACCAGGUUAGACGAAAAGUUGGUGCUCGAACCUUCAUUGGGCAACGACACGAUCGUCUUGGUCGAACUAGUGAAGCCCAUGCAAGCUGACAUCACGGUGACUCUUAUCGAUCCCAGUGGCCAAAAAUGCGAACAGUGCUCAGAACACAGAGACGAAAAAACAAGGAAGAUCAUCAUACCAAGCCCAGCGCAGCCCGGCGAAUGGACCAUUCAAGUGGAAAGCCCAGAGCCUGGACCGGUGGAGGUCAACAUCCAAGCCAAAUCCAAAGGCAAGGAUCCAAACAGCGAGCCGAUCCAGGUCGCCUGCCGAGUGGCCAGCCUGGAAGUUGGGAAACCUGACGAAGCCAUCAUCUACGUCGACGUCAACAAGGGCAGGAAGGCCGUCCUCGACGCAACUGUGUUCGCCGAGGUCACCGGCCCCAAUGAACCGUACAAAUCUACGGUGCAACUUCAUGACGACGGUCGCGAUGCCGACGUCCAGGCCAACGAUGGAACUUACAGUGGGUACUUUGACGAGUUCACUGGAAAAGGGAGGUACGCCGUCACGGCUCACGUUUCGGGCGAUAACGAAACUCGAGUGAGUGGUCCAAAGAUUGCCUCUGGCGGCGGCAACACUAUGCUCCCCCUGCCAUCUGAAGACCCUGCUCCACCACCCCCCGAAGGCUUUCUGCCCUUCACCUGGUCUAGCACGGCCUCUGUGAUCGGCCUACUUUAA